UGGUGUUAUGAAUGUGUGUCUCCGGUGUGGGAUCUCCCUGUUUUGGCGUUGUUAAAAAAGUACUAAAAUAGAAAGCAAAAAAAUUUCUCUGACUUCGUGAUGAACCACAACCACCUUUAAAACUCAUAUUCCCUCCCCCUCCCCUUUCCAUUCCAAUUUUAAUAAAGAAAAGGUUUUGUAAUUUUAAAGGCAUUCCUCCCUUCCUUUCUGUUUAUGCCAUGGACCCCAGGAAACUUGGAUUCCCCGAGCAGAUUCUAUCUCCGAGGAGAAGAGUUGUUCCUGGAUUUGGUCUUGGCAUUUCCCUUUCUCUUAUUGUUCUUAGCUUUCUUUUGCUCUACACUUCUUCUCACGGCAAAUUUUUCUUCUCUCUUUAUGAUCAACCCCCUUCCGUUGAUUCUCUCUUUUCUUCUUGGUCUUUCUCUUUCUCUUCUCCUUCCUUCUCUCCUUUCACUCCUAAUUCCUCCAACUUGCCCACCUAUGAUGAUCCUUCCCUCCCUUCCCAAUUCCCCCCAUUUCCCAAUCACACUCAUCGUCACAACAAUGCCACCCUUCAACUCAAUCCCCAUUCCCCCAAUGCCUCUCUGUUUCCUCCAAAUGCAACUCUUUUCGACAUCCCAGAGUUGGACACCCAACACAAUUUCCCCCCCUCUAACUCCACUUCUUUGAACACCAAUACUACUCGAUAUCCUAAGGACACCAAUCAUUCUUCCAAUGCUCAGGGCAAUAUGCCAUCACAACCCAAUGGUGGUGCCACAAAUUCAAGCCACACAAUUGAAAUUUCCAACAACACUCAGCCCCUGCUAACAUCUGAUGACAGUUUUUACGAGGAUUGUGAUAUCUUCGAUGGUGAAUGGGUGAGGGAUGAUUCAAAGCCAUAUUAUCCUUUAGGUUCUUGCCCUUUCAUUGAUAGGGACUUCGAUUGUGAUCUUAAUAAAAGGCCAGACGAUGGAUAUGUGAAAUGGAAAUGGCAGCCAUAUGGGUGUAACAUUCCAAGUCUGAAUGCAACACAUUUUCUAGAGGUGUUGAGAGGAAGGAGUCUGGUGUUUGUUGGGGAUUCAUUGAAUAGGAACAUGUGGGAGUCUCUCGUCUGCAUUCUUCGUCAUAGUGUAAGCGACAAGAAAAAAGUGUAUGAGAUAUCCGGAAGGACAGAGUUCAAGAAGAAGGGCUUCUACGCCUUCCGUUUCGAGGACUACAAUUGUUCCGUGGAUUUUGUUAGUUCUCCAUUCCUAGUUAGGGAGUCUUCGUUCAAAAGAAAGAAUGGAACCAUCGAGACAUUAAGAUUGGAUCUAAUGGACCCAACAACCGAAAUGUAUCGGGAUUCCGAUGUUUUGGUCUUUAAUACAGGCCAUUGGUGGACUCAUGAUAAAACAUCGAGGGGAGAAGACUAUUACCAAGAAGGUAACCAUGUGCACUCAAAACUCAAGGUGUUGGAAGCGUUUAAGAGGGCUCUCACCACUUGGGGUCGAUGGAUCGACAACAAUGUUGAUAAAAAUCGAACUCUGGUUUUCUUCAGAGGGUAUUCAUAUUCUCAUUUCAGUGGUGGCGAGUGGAACUCUGGAGGGCAAUGCAACAUUGAAACGGAACCAAUUUAUAACAAAACACACUUGGGCAAAUACCCUAAGAAAAUGAGGGCUCUGGAAUAUGUGAUUCAGGAGAUGAAAACGCCAGUGUCAUACUUAAACAUAACCAGGCUCACUCACUAUCGGAAGGACGCACACCCUUCAAUUUAUAGAAUGGAGUACAAGACAGAAGCAGAAAAACGUGCAGGCCUGCGAGUUCAAGAUUGUAGCCAUUGGUGCUUGCCCGGGGUACCUGAUACUUGGAACGAGCUGCUUUAUGCAUCUGUUUUAAGGAUGGCAAAGAGAUAUUGGAACAACUAAGGAAGAUUUGUACAUCACCAUGUGAUGUGAAAUGAUCGCAUAACCUUUUUUCCAUAUCUUUUUUUUUUGUAAUUUGUUCUUUUUGUUGGGUUUUGGGGUAAAGAUAUAUAUCAAUUCUUGUUUAAUCGCUUAGGUCCCGAGCAGCAGCAUGGUGCAUGCUCAUGUGGAGGAAACUACAUGUUGCUGACUUAUAGAUUGCCUGAGUUGUGCAAAUGUAGAGCCAACAAUGAUCAUAUGUGUAUGUGUAUUCUGUUAAUCCAAUUUAUUUAGAAAUAGAAAUAUUUUUUUGGGUAUAAA